AUGAUGGCUUUGAUCAGAGGCACUCGGAUCAUGUCAAGCCCACUUCUUAGACUGGUUCCAUCCGCACGGUCUGUGAAUGUUGGAUUGUGGCAUCGCUGUAGUGUCGCCACAGCACCACCACCCAAUCGCCCACAGCACCCCAAUCCUGGGAAUUUUGCAAAUCGUUCACACGAAGAACUUUCAGAAAUAGGUCACAAGGGUGGAAAAAAGGGCGGGAAAGCCACAGGCGUCGGUGGGUUCCAUAAUAUGGACCCAGAGAAACAGCAUGCCAUUGCUUCGAAAGGUAGUCGUGCUGGUACUCGGAAAAAAGCACCAGGGAAAAAAGCACCAGGCAACGGGGAAACUGAGUUAAAAGCUGAACAGCGCGGCCGAUCCCAUGAACCCUCGGUGGUUCCACCUGGAUUUGAAGAAUGGAAGACAAUGGCUUGA